AUGAUGCCGUCGGAUGCGUCGUCUACGGGCGCGCUGGCGAGGCUGCUGGUGCACGGGGGGGCGCUGCCGUUGCUCAUGAUGCACCUCGGCUGCCAGGUGGACUUUCGCACGCACGUCUGCCUCUCAUUCACCGUCACGGCCACCGUCAGCCUCUUCACCCCGUCCUACUGCCACCUGUGGUUCGAGCAGGACUACCAGAGGGCCACCAUGCUCGCCCUGGCCUCCCGCAUCGACAAGGUCAUGCACACCGUGAUGACGCUGUCCCCGGCCACUUUCCCACCUUCGGGCCCCCUGGACUGGGCCUCCAGCUGCUGGCUGGUCAUGUGCUCCCUGACAUGGGGAGGCAUGCUGCUGUCCUGCGCGCUCAUCUAUUUCCUUGAGGCCCGGGCAAGGUCGGCGUACCUGUUGGAGCGGUGCGCUGGCUGGAACAGGCGCCAGUUGGCGAGGGCGGUGCGGGAGGCAGCCAUUGUCGCCGUUUGGGGCUUCGCCGUGAUGUUGGCUGCGGUCUAUGCGACCCUCAGGAUGGUGGCGGAGGGGCAGACCGUGGGUUGA